UCAAAUAGUCUGUAUCAAUUUUGAGACACACUGUAUAUUCGGAAAAAACUCGGUACGAGCUAACCAUUGGCUUAUCCGGAAGCCCCUGCAAAAACCCCAUAGUUUUCUUCAAAUUUUGGCAAGGAGCACGUGUUGCCUUUUUAAAGCAGUUUUACACAUUUUUAUACAUAUUUGCCUUGCAACUCCCAGCAAGUGUUGGAAAGAAUCCACCGUUCGCGAUGCCGCCAAAACGCAAAGCAGUGCCAGCAAAGCGUAAAGCACCCACAGGGACUCCAGCCCGAGCACCAGGGAGAAAAGUUCCCCGCCAUUGCAGAACAGGCACAGGCCCCGCUGCGGACCCGCCACAGGCCCCAGUGGAGGUUUUACCACCACCCCAGGCUCGGGCUCAAGACCAGUUCCCCCCAGUGGUUCACCCCGAAGUCAACAACAACUCGAGUGAGUGCGAAUUUGUACAACAUUUAGUAGGCUUGCCAUAUCAACAGACAUCUGCCUCAGACGGCAUUGCCUCUCACGUACCAUUAAAGUUAAAAUUAAAAAUCUGGGAGGGGGAAUUUCUUGAUAUGUCUCUGUUGCUAAAGUCGGCCACCGAAUUGGAAGAUUUUGAUUCUCAAGGCGAAGUACAGUUUUAAAAUGGCCGCCUCUGUGUAGUUAAACGUAAACAAAACUCACAGUUAAGUAUUGAAAAGUGGACAUCCGCUUUCAUGAUAUAUAUAAGCAUUAUGUUUGAACACAACCCUGCUUUAGCACAACAAAUGCUUAAAUAUCUGCGCGAUAUCAGAAUAGCUGCUAGUCGUUCACAUUACUGGUACAAAUACGACGAACAAUUCCGUCUGCGCAAGGUGUCCAACCCAGCUAUGUCUUAGGGUGAUAUACAUAAUGAAUUCUGGCUUCUUUAUGUCACAAAUCAAUCAACCAAUUUCAUGUCACAGCAAGGUUCUGAUUCUCAUUUUCAACAACACAACAAACCUAUAACACAUGGGUCUUCUCCAAUCCCAACACAAGCUGAUGUUAAACAAACCUGCAA